UACAUGGCGAUGUUAGGGAUGUUGUGUCUAGUUCAGAAUUUAGUGAAUAGAAAAGGAUCAUUAUUACCGUUCCUUUUGGGUUAAUGGAGUAUUCGUGUUAAUUAUAAUUGUGAGUUAAUUAGUGAAAUAAAAAAAGUGACUUGUAUAUCUUUUGUUUUGCAAAAAUGGAUGUUAAAAACAUAUCAGAAAUAAAAGAUGGCGAAUCAACGAGUGCUCUUGUGUUAGUAGAAGCGCCAUCUAUGUUGGAAGUGCCAAACCUCAAACUGGAUGGAAGUGUAAAAAAAAAGAGAAGACGCGGCAAAACCAAACGGAAAAUAAUUAAACCCUUUUUAAAAAUGCCUUGGCAAGAAAGAAGAAUGAUUGACAAUACUAAGAGAAAUAAUCGAUUUCGAAAAAUCGUUUUAUCUAAAACUCAAGCACCAUUUAAUAACAAUCAAUUUUUAAUGGAAAUUCAUAAACCAGAACCAGAAAAUAACUUCAACUUAUUCAGAACCCCGUCUGCACGAACCCGAGAUUCUAGUUUUAGUGUAGAUUCUGAAGAAAAUUAUUUUUUUUCACUUCCAGAAGAUGAAGAAGAAUAUUUAACAAAAGAAUUUUCUAGUGUUUACGAAGACGCACAAAGUGAACGGUUAUCAAACAUGUCCAAAAAUGAACUAGUUCAAGAAUAUCUUUUGCUUGAGGCUAAAUAUGAUAAUCUCAUAAAAAGGAAUGAGCGAAAUAAAAUGAAAGACUCCGAGGGAGACAAAGAUAUAUCAAAAGCAGAUAAAGACGUCUCAGUUACAGAUAAAGAUAGCAUGUUGACUGAUCGGGACACUUCGGGAACAUCUGUAAUGUCUGGUUCAAUAGAUGAGCCCUCAGUGUAUGAUAUCAUGCAGAGAUUGAAGGAGCAAGAUGAGCAAAUUCGCGAGCUACAACUAGCGAAUGAAAAAUUACUAUUAGAAAAUAGCCAUUUAAGACAAAGAAGUCAAGACUCAAGUGAAGAUUCAGAAAGUGAUAGCUCUUCGACUUCUGAUAGUUGCAGCAGUUCAAGCUGCAGUUCAAGUCCCGAACAUGAACCUGUUUUGGCAAAUGGUGAUGUUGCAGUUAAUGAAAACAACACUAUUAAUGGAGAGCAUCAUGUGACUAAUGGUGUACAACCAGCUCCUCUUGUCAAUGGAUUUCACAGUCCAAGUGAUUAAAACUAUAGUGAACAAUGUAUGAUGUGUAUGAAGUUGGACAAAGUAAUAUAUGUUUUAGUCUUAUGCUUAGGUAUUUUUAAUAUACAACAAGACAAAUAAUUGUUCUCUUGCCUGUGGUGUAUGUUUUUCUAAAGAAUGUACUAAUUCAUGGAUUAAUUUUUAAGACUGUAACAAUGUAACUGUGAGAUCUCAUCUUAGGCUUAAUGGAUCUUCUGUGAUAUCCAUGUAGAUAUUUGUGUGGUAGUUUAUCUGAUCGGUUAUAAGAUUUGAAAAAUAUUUGAGCCCAAGUGUAAGAAAUGGACAAUAUGUAUUUUCAAGGAAUUUUUUCCUAAUGUGAUACUGGGUGUGAUAUAUUUUGAUCACAAUAACCAAUUAAAUAACAAAAUAAACUCAUCAAACUCAAGUAAAAUAAUUACCACAAAAAUAUAUUUGUCUGUAUAUUAGUGAAUAAUAAAAAUGUAACUGUAUCAAACUGUUAGUAUGCAUGGUUGCACAAUUAUUAUUUUUUUUAAAUUUACUACUCACACAUUUUUUUUCCUACAUACUGUUAAAAAAUGUCUGAUCAAGAUCAGGAUCUCACUUUUAUAUUUAUACAGUAUAAUGAUAUUAAAAAUGUCAUGGUACAGUGGUUAUUUGGUCUAAAACUGUUAUUAUGUUUUACAAGUGAUAAGUUAAUUGUGUCAAGUACCAGUUUAAGAUAGCAAUUUAGUCUGACCGAGUAAUUUAUGUUUAGGUGUUUAAUGUAAUUUUAAACACAAAUAUGCUUACCCAUAGUUGUUAAUUAUAAAAUCUUAAUAUAAAACUAUAUCUAAUAUUUACUCUUUAUAUGUAAGCACAAAGUCUAUUUCAUUUUUUCUGAAGUUGUCACUUACCUUUCAAUAUCUGUACCUUGUGCCUGUAAUUAUACUGCGUUACUGAUCCUUUAAACUGCAACAGUAAUCGAAGUAUUGAUGUUUGGGAAUGAACUGAUGAGUGGGUAAUAAUUCUGAUAAGCCUGCAUAAACCAUACUACCAGGUGCAUAUUACAUUUAUUUUUAUAAUGUGUGAUAAUUUUAUUUAAUAACUAUUGCUUUUAUAUGUUGCAAGAAUAUGAUAGUCUAGUUUAUUGAAUAUAAUAUAUAGAAAUAGUUAACCAAUAUUUAUGGACAGUGUAGGUAACAUUAAAAUUAAUAAA